UUUUACACUGGGAUGUCGGCCGACACAGUCGAUAACAGAAACGUACGACGAUUACGAACAUCGUACAUUAUUUCGAGAAAGGGGACAUUUUAGAUUCAGUGUCACUGUGAAUAUAUUGUCCAGUUGCGACAUUAAAAGUACAAUCUUCGUUGCGGAUUGAGUUUAAUAAUCAGGCCAAUUAGUUGAUUUUUUUGGUUUUUAAUUUUUUUUUUCAUCCAUUGGGUAAAAUAGUUGAAGUGAGUUAUAUUUAUACUUUCGGUUCUGUGAUCUUUUCAAACAGUGUGAACAGAACUCAGCUUCAUCAUUUGGGUGAAUAGCAGAUCGCCUAGCGUGGCGCCAACUUCUUAUAUGACUUUUGAAAGAAUUCUAGAAAUACCAGUACUCAAAGGAGCACCAUCAUCUCCUCCCUUACGGAGCCAUUUAUUACCAUCGUGCAUGAUUUCAUAUAGAAGAUAUUUAAGUCAUAGGACUUCAAAAUUUUCAAGCAAUAGACAUCGGAAACUGCAACCAUUUAGAGAAACGUGAAGAACUAAUUUCUGAAAUUUUGUAAAACAAAAUUCUAACAAAAUUGCCGCCAUUGAUCGAUUUAGUUUAUCGUUUAUCUUCCGUUUAAUUAUACCAACAGCAGCCAGCAUACGUUGUUGGCCAAGCCAACUCCCGUUUCAUAUUUAAUUUUAUUUUAUUUUUUCAAUUUUGAUUUUUCUUUUCGAUUCAUUUGUUUUUCUCGAACCGAUUGGUCCAACAGUAAAGAAAAAACCAAAGCAAUCGGUUAAUUUUCCAAACAACACACCAAAACCGUUCAACACAACAUAAAAUUUUAAACAAAAAAAUAAUUUAAUUUCGAUCGAGCAGAGCGUAAAACUAAUGAGUGUAAAUCAGACGUCAUCAUCGUUUGAUGUUCAUGCACAUCCGAAAUAUAAACGUGAAUUGAUUUGAUAUCAAUUGCAUUGUUCUAUCGUUUGAAUAAAUAUUCCUCAAAAUUUGAUUACCGUGCGCGAACUGGGAGAUUUUUUUCAUCAUUUUUCUCGUACGAUCUUGCGUAUAUGCAAAGAGACCCACCCCCGAUCAGUGUACACGACGGCGCUAAUGAUUUUAAAUACAACCAAAAAUCCGUUGCUGCUGGAGAGAAAAUUUAAACAUUUCGGUGGUCUUCAAUUGCCGUUGACUGUGUGGUUCGCGCCGACUUCAUUCAAUUGAUAAAUAAUAAAAUUGAAUUUUGUAAAGAACGUGCUAAGGUCAUCAUUUUCAACUGGACUGCACUUGUUGUUAAAGCAUACAAAAUCCAUUACAUCUCAGAUUUGUCAUUCGAUUUAAACGCUUAAAAUGGGUACCCUUAACGUGAAUCGUAACGUUACGGACGUGUUCUACCGCUACAAAAUGCCCCGCAUAACCGCUAAAGUAGAAGGCAAAGGAAAUGGUAUCAAAACGGUUAUCGUGAAUAUGGCUGAAGUAGCUAAGGCCAUUGGUCGUCCAGCCACUUAUCCAACUAAGUAUUUCGGCUGCGAAUUGGGCGCUCAGACCCAGUUCGAUUACAAGAAUGAACGUUUUAUCGUAAAUGGAUCCCACGAUGCGACCAAACUUCAGGACUUACUAGAUGGCUUCAUCCGGAAAUACGUUCUCUGUCCCGAAUGUGACAAUCCCGAAACGGAACUGUUGGUGGCUAAGAAGGGCUCCAUAUCGCAAGGUUGCAAAGCGUGCGGUUUCCAUGGGCCAUUGGAGGUUCAUCACAAAGUGAACACAUUCAUCAUUAAAAAUCCGCCGACUUUGAAUCCGGCUGUUCAGGGCUCGUCUUUGACCGAAGGCAAGCGCAGUAAACGCUCCAAGAAGGGUGCUGAAAAUGGUGGUGAUUCAGCCAACACAACAGCCAACGAAGGAGACAUAUCAGCUGCUGAUGCUGACAUUCAAGUUCCAAAAGUGGUUGCUGAGGAAGAGGACGAUGAUGCAACAUGGUCCACUGAUAUAUCUGAAGCCGCUGUUCGUGCUCGUAUGCAAGAUUUGACAGAAGGCGCUAAGACCAUGACCGUAUCAGAUGAUGCGGACAAAAGUGAAAAAGAACGCAUGGACAUUUUCUACGAAUUGGUCAAACGUCGUCGCGAUGGAAAUGAGUUGGAAAAUGUUCAAGUUCACAAGGAGCUGGCCGUCGAAGCAGAUCGUUUGGAUAUAACCCAGAAGGCUCCGCUAGUGUUGGCCGAACUGUUGUUCACCCAGAACAUUCCGAACGAAGUGAAAAAACACCGUAACUUAUUGCUCCGUUUCACCCACAACUGCUUGAAGGCACAACGCUAUUUGAUCGGCGGCUUGGAGCAAAUCAUUUUCUUGCACUCGUCCAAAUUACUGGACAAAGUUGCGGCCAUUUUCAAACUAUUCUACGAUCACGAUAUUUUGGAGGAGAAAGCGUUGCUGGAAUGGGCGUCAAAGGUCAGCAAGAAAUACGUCAGCAAAGAGUUUGCCGAGAAGAUACAUGAGAAAGCGAAACCGUUCAUCAAUUGGUUGCAAGAAGCCGAGGAGGAAGAGUCCACCGACGACGAUGAUUCGGAGGUCGAGAUCGAGUACAAUGAUCGCGUUCGCAUUCAGCCGCUGCGCAAAGAGGAGGAAAAGGCCAAGGAUAGCAAGAAAAUGCAAGACGAUGACGAUGGCGACGAAAUUGACAUUGAUGAUAUCUAAAUUUAUCGAUUUAAUGUAAUUUGUGAUGAGUCCAGCGGCAGCAUCAUCGAUGGUGUUUGCUGCUGAUUUUCUAUAUUUUUUUUUUCUUUUCUUUUCGUGUUACACUUUCUAAUGUUACUAUUUUUUGGUUGUGGCUUUUGAUUGCAAUACCAUUGAGGAUUUAUACAAAAAAAUUCCCGUUUCCCUAUACAUUUUGACGCGUUUUAUGUUCAGAUAUUGAAAUUUAUUGUUCAGAAUUUCUUUAAAAAAAAGCAAAAAUAUACUUUCGAUGUUCGAAUGCCCUUUGAAGAAGUUGCAUUCUGGUUGUCAUUUUUUAUUUUACAAAAUUUACCAAAAAAAACGAAAAUGUUUGACUCAACACUGGAUUCAGCUGGACGAAACAUUUGAGAAACAGCCCCCAAGUUGGUCAAACAGUUUCCUGCAUGCAAAUAAAAAAAAAAACGAAACACAAAUCGCACAGAUAAAUUCAAAAAUCAUUUUUACAAUUUAUUGAUCGCAAAGACAUCCAAGUCGUGGAACAAUUUGUUUCCCUUUUCGUUCCGUUCAAAGAGAAAAUUCUCCAUUUUGUUAUAUUCCCCGUUUCGGAGUUUUACUUAAAAUAUCGAGUUUUUAUCUUUGUCUGAUAUCAAUGUACGUUACUAAUGAAAUUACAAAUAUUGCAAAUAAACAUUAUAGCAGAGA